GAACCGCGUCUUCUCACAGCCCACGCGGCUCGGUUUAUAUAUUCCCUUCCUCCUCCUCCUCCUCCUCCUCCUCCCUUCUUCUCUCUAUCUUCCUCCCUCCUCCUCCCCCCUCCUCCCCAUCGCAUGGACCCUUUCGCCGCCCUCCUCGACAUCCACCAAGACCCUACUUCCACCCCACUCCACUCCCGCGGCCGCUCUCGCUCUGACGCCGGCCUCUUCCAGCCUGACCCUUCCCUCCUCCUCACCACCACUGCCUACCCCUCCGACGACCUCGCCCUCCCCCAGAACCAGCUCUCCGCCGCCUCAAUGGCCACCAUCUUCUACACCGGCGACGUCGCCCUCGACCUCUCCGCCCACGCCGCCCAGCACGGCCACAGCCAUCUCUUCUCGCUCGGCAGCAUCGCCCGCCGCGCCCACUCCGUCAGUGUCCUCGACACCCGCUCGCUCUCGCCCUCCAUCUCGCCUGCCCUCUCCCGUCUCUCGUUCGACUACGACGAGCUCGUGCCCGAGCUCUUCCCCUCGUCGUCCCAGACAACCGGAUUCACCCUCAAAGACGACUACGACAUCUUUUCCGAGUCCUUCUCGAACUACUCGCCUACCUCGACCGUCUCCAACCCCGCGCCGUCCUCAUGGCAGCAGCAGCAGUUCGCCUCGCAGGCGCAGUCUGGCCAGACCCACUCCUCGCACUCUGUCGCCAUGGAAGAGAUCUUCUCCUUCAACCCCCUCUCCACCGAGCAUUCCUCCGCCAAAAACCAAUUUGCAUCUCCCGUCUCCCCACACAAACUUAUCACCAACGCGCUUCCUUCCGCUCCCGCCGCCCAGUUCAGCUUUAUCCCCGCGACCCCAGUGACCAUCCCCGCAACGCCAGUCGUGAACAACAACCCGUCCUCGGACUUUUUCGCCGCCGCCGCUGCCGCCUCUUCCUCGGCGCAGACUCCCUCCGACUACUACGCAUCCCCUGCCGCCCUCUCGCCGGACUUUUCCAGCUCGGCGCAAGAGUCCGUCGCGGGCACGCCCUCGUUUUGCAACGAGCAGCUAACUCCGCGCUCGGCCACCAACUCUCCCGGCGCGGGCUCGGAGGAGACGGUCGACUACAACGGGCGCCGUCGACGGAUCUACACAAAGACACAGUUUGCGUGCAACCACUGUCCUCGCAAGUUCAGCAUCAAGGACAUGGACGAGUACGCGCGCCACGUCGAAGAGUUCAACAUCCAGCGCGAGUUCAAGUGUCCCGAGCCCUCGUGCCCGUGGGCAAAGAUUGGCUUCCAGCGGAAACUUGAAAAGGACCGCCACUUCACGCGCAAGCACGGCGUGCCCAAGUACGAGUGCCGUUUCUGGGCGGGUCCUGGCAAAGAAAAGUUUCCGGGCGCAAAGGUUUGCACUACUCAAUGGCAUGCCGACUCCGGAAACCGUACCCGGCACGAGAAGAGCGUGCACGGAUAUUUUGUCAAGACCCAUCGCGGAAGAGCGUCCUUGCUCGAGGAGGUCGAAAUGAUCAAGAUUCCCAGACGUGUGCGCUCAAACAGCGGGAAUUAGGAUAUGUAUUAUUUGUACAUGUAUUUUGCAUAGGGGACGUUGUAUAGUUUUGGCAUGAAAGGCUAUAUGAGUACGGGUUGGGAUGUGUUUUUGGUAUUGGGAUUGCAUAUAUCAUGGACUUUUGCAUUGCAUUGAAUGGGUUUGUUUUGGUAUUUUUUUAUUUAUUGUGAAUGUUGUUAUACAUACUUCUUGUCUAUAUCUAUAUAUCUAUAUCUGUCUUAUUGUUCUCUACAUUUCCUCAUAAUCUCUUUUCUCAUUGGAUUGUUCUAGCG